CCACUGGAAUAAGAGAUCCAGAAUGGAGAAAGGGGUGAGGGUAACAGUAACACACUACCAUUAGCGCUAACACACAGUAUCCAUAUUAGUGAGUCACAGUGAAUUCACAGGCAGAGCUGUAUUGAAUGGAGCGGAGUGGCUUCUCCGAGGAAGUAAAGCACAGUAGCAGCAGAACCCCUGUUGUUGGGACAUUCAUGGUGUAGCUACAAAAGGACUUCCUCUUUUCAGGUUUAGCACUGCUACCAGACCAUGCAGAGCCUCGUCGGGGAGACAGAAACUGGGGAAGAGAGGCGAGAAGCAUCAUUGCAGACAAUGGAUUCCUUGGACACCGCCCACACGUACCAACCCUGGGAUUCGCUAACUCACCUGGCGACGGUGCUGGGUAGGACAGAACCUCGGCCGCCGGAAUGGAACAGCAGAUUGGACCAAAGUUUCUCUCCAAUGCCCAGAGUGACCAGGGAGUCAGUGAGACAGUAUCUGCAGUUUCCCCCUGACCAAUCUGUGCGAAUACUCCAUGCAAAGGUCGCCCAGAAAUCAUAUGGCAAUGAGAAACGGUUCUUCUGCCCUCCUCCUUGUGUUUACAUCAGUGGCUCAGGAUGGAAACUGAAACAAGAUGUUUUGAAUGCCACUGGUGCAGGGGACUCCUGCUACAGACUCUAUGGUUAUAUGGGCCUGGACAGCUCCUGUGUGACCCAGGCAGACACCUCCAAACUAGCCUUCGAGGACCUGCCUGAUGCCAGGAUGUUUGCCUGCGCCAAGUCCCUGUACAUCUCUGACACAGACAAAAGGAAGCACUUUCGCCUGGUCCUCAAGCUCUUCCUUGGUAACGGGCAGGAGAUUGGCUCCUUCCUCAGUAAGCUGAUCAAAGUUAUCUCCAAACCGUCCCAGAAGAGGCAGUCUAUGAAGAACGCUGACUUGUGCAUUUCCACGGGGUCGAGGGUGGCUCUAUUCAACCGCUUGCGGUCCCAAACGGUCAGCACACGUUACCUGGCCGUAGAACGAGGGGCCUUUGUAGCCAGUGCCAGACAGUGGACUGCAUUUACAGUCACUCUAGUGGAUGACCAGCAUGCUGACUCGGAGGAGUUCACGGUGUGUGAGGGAUUCAUCUGCUACGGCUGUGUGGUUCAGCUGGUCUGCACUGACUCUGGGGUGGCCCUGCCCCCCAUGGUGAUCCGCAAGGUGAACAAGCAGCACGCCAUCCUAGAUGUGGACGAGCCCGUCUCCCAGCUUCACAAGUGUGCCUUUCAGUUCAAGGACAACAGCCAGAUGUACCUCUGUCUGUCUAACGAGAGAAUCAUACAGUACCAGGUCUCAUCCAGUCUGAGGGAGCAGAGCAGAGAGGUGCUGAACGAUGGAUCAUGUUGGACCAUCAUCGGUACAGAGGCAGUGGAGUAUACGUUCUGUGAGGGCCUGGCCUGCGUUCAGGGCGCCAUCAGCCCAAUACCUGUCAUCACAGGACUGGAGGUGAAUGGUGGAGGACACGUAGCCAUGCUAGAAGUAAAUGGAGAAAACUUUGGCCCCCAUCUGAAAGUUUGGUUUGGAAAUGUGGAGGCAGAAACUAUGUUCAGGUCACCAAAGUCCAUGCUGUGUGUGGUUCCAGACGUCUCCGUGUUCAGUGGGGAGUGGAGAUGGCUGCGGCACCCCAUCACCGUACCUCUGUCCCUCAUCCGUCUGGAUGGUCUGAUCUACAGGAGCACCUUCAGCUUCACCUACACCCCUGAACACAACACCCCCCCGCAGGCCAGAGGGGCACUGCAAAAUGCCCCAGAGUCUGACACUCUCAUAGACUUCAUCCACCAAGAGUUCACACGCACCAACUUCCACUUGUUCAUGCAGAACUAGCUAGUAGGGCUGGAUUAUGAUUCUUUACCCUUCUCCUGAGGUGUGCACUCAUUCACUCCCCCUCCUGCAUUUUUUUAGAGUGCUUUUUAUGUCCCUCAGGAAUUAUGUAUGUACAUGUUGCUAAACACUCAAUUGAACAGUUGGAUCACAUACAUACAUAGUGCUCCUGAGGCUCCCGAGUGGCGCGGCUGUCUAAGGCACUGCAUCUCAGUGUUAGAGGUGUCACUACAGACCCUUAUUCAAUUCGAGGCUGUAUCCCAACCGGCUGUGAUUGGGAGUCCCAUAGGGCGGCGCACAAUGUGCCCAGCGUCAUCUGGGUUAGGGUUUAGCUGGGGUAGGCUGUCAUUGUAAAUAAGAAUUUGUUCUUAACUGACUUGCCUAGUUAAGGAUAAAUAAAUACAUCUAUGCAGUAAAGUUACUAAAGUUAUUUGUUUUCUCUGUAAAUCCCCAUUUUGGCAUGUCCCAAGUCAUGUACGUCCAACUUCUAGGAAGAAUUUAACCCACUUAACCCCAAGAUUUCACCAAGUUUUCACUAUCAUUUUCAAGCCCUAGUUAUUUUGUUGCUUUGGGAAAGAAAUUUCAAACGAUUUUUUACUUGUAUAAUGUGGUUAGUAAUUGAUGUACAUGUGUCCCUCAGGUGAGAUGUUUCUACUCUUUUUGGACAUUUUCUGGUACACGACAACCCUGUUACCCAUAGAAAUGUAUUAAAAAGUAAUAAUUUUUGUUAAGGUUGCAUAAAAUUGCACCCCCCCCUGCACACAAAAAGCUCCCAUUCCCCCUGUCACAAGGGGAGAUAUUGCUGAUUUAAGAUUAAAUCCACAACCCUUUUACGGUCAACCCUGUAGCUGUAAUAGACAUUUUGUAGUAAUCUUUCUUUAAAUGUAACCUUUUGACAAGGAAAGCAUGUUUAUUAAGACAUAAUAGGACAUCUACUUUGUGCAUGACAGUGCUCUUUAUGACAGUGUUAAAAUUAGGUGAAAUAAAUAGUUAUUUUUGACAAAU